AUGUGCACAUAUAAUGAAGCUGCAAAACUGAAAUCCCCAUGUGUAAAACCUAAGCGAAGCGAUGUGAAAAAAUCAGCAAAGGCAAUAUAUGAAGCAAUAUCCCCAACUUUCAAGAAUACAUUUGGCACAAGUUUUGCCGAGGCUUUGGCUUCUGUUCCAGAAUCACAGUUGCAAACCAAAAAGGUUCUGAACAAGUAUAAUCAGGAAAAGCAUAAACUCAGAAGGGAACAAUACAGAAAAGCUAAGGAAAAUAUUGAGGAGCAAAUGAAGGACACUGCAUUCUUAAGGUAAUUUUAAAUAAGCCAAGGCAAUUGCUACUGCAUAUGGAAUGGUAGUAUGACCAAGGCCGCCAAAGGGUUAGACUGCAAAUAGUCAUGUAUUUUGCUUUUAUCUCACUAUAAAGAUGGUGUAUUUAUUUAGUGACUAAUGGCUAUAGAGCCAGACCUAGUUCUUGAUUAAAAUUUUGACAAGGCCACUGUACAAUGUAAUAUAUUCUACCACCUCAUUUCAUAAUAUGUUUUUAGAUUAUAUGGUAGUGGUCAAUCUGUAAAGCAAUGGCAAAGGAAUAGGCUUGCAUUAUGCUUUGAACCAAAGGCAGCAGCUACAGCUCAAGCUGAAAAAUCUUUGGAGGAAAGCAAGAAGCCAAAGGAUCAUGUUGGAAAUUUAGAAGCGAUGACAUGGGAUAAAAAUCAACUGCGGGCUGAGGUCGAAGGAUAUGAAGAUGGUCAUGUAGUCAACUGGUCCAACCUAGCAGCACGGUACAAUGUGUGCAAUAAGAGUGGUCAACUAGCCAAGAAUCGUGGGCAAAUCAUAAAAUCUUGGUUGAUUUCAGAGGGAGUGGACGUAACUCGUUUUAGCACUCAACGCAGAAAAAGCAAUGGCAUUCCAAUUUCAAGGCGAAAGAAGAGACGGAUUGUCGGAGGAGAAAUAUCAUUCCCCACUGAAGUGCACCCCAAAGUGCUAAAACAAAUGCUUCAGGAGAAGCUUCAGAUUGGGACAUAUUCAAUUGGUGAAAGAAUUGUUCCAACAAAAGUAUGCAGUGGUGUUAGAUAUCUAUAAUAUAACUUUACUUAAUACCGUAUAUUAUAUUUAACCAAUUAGGCCUACAUCUUUGCCAAGUAUAUUACAUUGCACUUUUUAUGCAUUGCAUAUGUAUAAAAAUUUAUAAUUUAAUUUUAAUGUUUUGUUUAGUAUGAAAAGCUUAUUCUUUCAAAAGACCUGGAAAUCAAACGAGUUGAUUUCAUAACCGAAGGAAGAAAAAUCCCAUUGAGAAGAAUCCGGGAAGACUUGCUCCAAAAACAUAGUCAGUACCUUAGAAAGAACAACAAUAAUCAUUAUCUAGAAAUGUCCCCAACACAAGUGAUGGAGAGGUUAAAAGUUCUUGGUGAGCUGGAAGAAAAUAAAGGUCUUGAUGAAAUGGCAAUGAGAGAAAAAUUGGCAACCUUGGAACAGACAAGAAAUCUUAUGGUUUGGUUGGAUAACUCAACUGUUGCAAACCAUGGAUAUUUAGUCUGCCUUGUGACCUGUUUAUAUGAUCCAGCUGUUUUUCACACUCCUGAAGAAUACAAGGAAAAAACAAGCAAAAGUGUUGACAUUCAAAAAGAAAUUGAAAAUCCAGAGGUUCACAUUAUUGCAAGAUGCAGCAGUGCUGAUCAGGAGCAACUUACUUAUGCUGAAACACGUGUCGAGUGUAUUCAGGAAUUGAAAAACAAUUGCAAGAUUGAUGACGUUGAAUACAACGACAAGCUACGAUUUUCCCAUGGAGACAGUCCUGCAAGAGCCCAUGAAGCGGGUCAACAGAAGGGGGGAAAUUAUUUUUGUUCAACCUGUGGAGUCCAUUGUGAUAUGACAGAUGAUCUGGCCCAUGUUCUAAACUGCAAAGUAGAAACACUGGAAACAAGACAAAGUGCCAUUAUAAGUGGUAAGAUAGCGCUUAAAAACUCAAAAAAUAGGUACGCGCUGCGUACAUGUGGGUAGCCUGCAUUAAUUGUUGUUAAAGUUGGAGUAAUACCGAGGUUGGAGUAAUACGCGCAACAAAAUUGCUGCAGCCAAAAUUUCUGCAACAAAAUCUGAUUUCAACGCAUUUUAAGUAGAAAUGUUGACAAAACAUUUCAAUUAACAUGCGCAGAAAUCAGAUUUUGUUGCAAGUUGCAGCAAUUUUGUUGCCCAUAUUAGUAUAUUACUCCACCUUAAUUGCUAUUGUCAUAUUCCGAAUUUACUGAAAGAAAGUAUUAAGUAAAUUGAACACAAUUCAAAUAUUAUACACACAUUUAAUCACAUACUGAAUAUCAGAUAUGACAAAAAUACGUGAACGACUGUUACGUGCAUUUUUCAAUAAGCAUAAACAGAUUUAAGAAGUUACAAAGUAUUUUAAUGUGUCAAAAAUAAUUUGCACACUGAACAGACAGAACAGUACAAGGUCUUUAAUAUGUAUACGAAACAAAAUAGCCUACAUCACACGCCGAAAUACAGACAGUACGAAAAACACUUAAGACAAGAACAGUUCUUGCUCAAGGACAGCAUACAUCAAAGACAAAGCAUCAGGUUUACAGGCUGCGUAUAUACAAUUUUCGUGAAAUUUGAGUUUCAAGGAUAGUCCAUGCAAAGAUCUAAGGACGAUGUUUUCCGGCGGAGUUUGAAAAAGAUCAACAUAUAUUUAUUUAGGGAUGAUUGAAUUAUUUAAACAACGACAUAAUCGAUCUCAUAUAUAUAUUAUGCACUUUUUAUAAUCUUAUAUCUUAUAACAACUAUCACAUAUAGAUACGCUUUGUAUCUUUUAUUGUAUGUAAUUUCAUAUGUGCCUGUAUUGGUAUUUUGAUGAAUAAAGAUUAUUAUAUAUUGGUAAUGACAUUCAAUUUGCUUUCAAUAUUCGACAAAUAUAUCCCUAAGUAAAAAAGCGCUAAUAUUCCACUGCCUAAUUUAAUCCUUGUGUAAACCGUGCUUGGCUUUCUAUUUGCCUUAAUACACAUUCGACUAACCCGAUUCCAAUGAAGUGGCCUUACAAACAUUAUGUAAGCAACGACAUACUCGAUUCUAUAUACCUAUAUGUUCGUCAUUCGUCAACAUUCCUUCGAUAUAGACUAACGUAAAUAUGUCCAAUCGUCGCGCGCUAUAUCACUAAUUACUAUAUUUUUCUAAUACGUAUAAAAUGUUUGAUCAAAGACCCCUUGCGCUAAUAUUAACCCCAAUGACCCUUGUACAAGCAGUGAUUAUAAAAACAACGACAUAUUCGAUUCUAUAUGCGUUGGAAAUGACUAUCGACCUGACAAAACAUAUUACAAUAAAGACUUUACUAAGAAUUUAUACACAUCUCUGUACGGUAUGAGCGUUAGUGAACUUAGCCUGUGGUCUAUAGACGGUUCGUAUUUCAAGGAUAAAAGGAACCGCGCAGCAGGACACCGCGGACACGAAGGCUACAGCGCCACGGAGCCACAGAGCCACAGAGAAACGGAAGAUCGCGCUUCAGUCUCUCACAUAGUGGUUAGCUGCGCAUGCGCGGCUACCCACAAAAACCAGAAGGCAAAACCACUCGGGAACCUAACAAAGCAGGAACUAGAACAAGAAUUAGCAUCUCGUCAAAUAUUUGAUGAUGGAAACAAGGCCGAUCUUCAAAACCUGCUUAGCAGGAAAAUGCGUGGCAAGCAACGAGUACCAACACUGCUAUUUCACAAUCCACAACAAAAGUUGAGUGAACUUGGUCUUACCGAUUAUGAAAUUCUGCCUUGUGAGCCACUUGAUGAUGUGGGGCAUCAUAUCGAAAACAUCUUCACUGAACUGCCUCAUCAUUUAAAUGACAAAGAAUCAAAAGCAAUGGUAGAAUCACUUGAAUUGUGCCUGGGAAGUAAAGACCAAAAACGGACAGCAUAUUACAGAAGUGCAGUGGUAAAAACAGCUGGUCACCUUUCACAACAGAAUGUCUUGUCCGAAAAACCACAUGCUAUUAUCAAUACUCUUGUUGAAAUGCAGAGGAUUCUAUAUGCUGCUGAAUAUCUGCGAUGCCCAUCACUCAUUCUCCGAUACUACAAUCAGUCAUGGCUGCACUCAAUUCUGUUGAAAGAACUAAUUCAAAAACCCAAGAAGUUAACACAGCGAAAGUUGUUUGGCGACAAUCUAAAUGAUGUCCCACCAGAGAGAAUUAAAGAGAUAACCGACAUUCUUAGAAAUGAAAAGUUCACCGCACUGGAUAUACUAUUAAUUCACCCUUUCACUUACACUAUUAGAUAA